AUGGACGAUUCAGUGUUUGACGUCGACGACGGCAUCUCCGACUUUGAGCCUGCCACUAAGUCGAAGACCAAAGCCGUCACCAAGAAACCUGCUGCCUCAAAACCGGCCCCUAAAAAGACCACUGCUCCCAAGGCAAAACCUGGACCCAAACCUAAGACCACUGUCCCCAAGAAGCGCUCGAAGAAGGACUCUGAAGAUGAGAUCUCAGACGAGGAGUCCAUCAACGUGUUCGAGGAUGAGUCGCUCCUGGAAGACACACCACCUCAGGCGAAGAAAGCCAAGACAAUCCCCGUGAAGGAGAGCCACAAGAAACCUCUUGGAGAUCUCGUCAACGAAGCCAUGGGUGUAGACGGGACCCACGACGCGCCGCAACCUCAGAGAAAGAAACGUGUCUCGGAACAAUACCAGAAACUCACACAACUGGAACACAUCAUCAAACGUCCUGAUACCUACAUCGGCUCGGUAGAGCGCACGGAAAAACAAAUGUGGGUCUACAAUACCGAACAAGAUAGUAUGGAGUAUCGGGAAGUUUCCUUUGUGCCUGGUAUCUUCAAGAUCUUUGACGAGAUUUUGGUCAAUGCCGCCGACAACAAACAAAAUGACAAGAACAUGGACGAGCUCCGCGUCACGAUCGACCGCGAAAAGGGCGAGAUUAGUGUCUGGAACAACGGUCGAGGUAUUCCGAUUGAGAUACAUUCAAAGGAGAAAAUCUAUAUUCCGGAAAUGAUCUUCGGCCACCUUCUGACCGGUUCAAAUUAUGACGACAACGAGCAAAAGAUCACCGGUGGCAGAAAUGGUUACGGUGCGAAGCUUUGCAAUAUCUUCAGCACCGAAUUCACCGUCGAGACCGUGGACUCCAGACAGAAAAAGAAAUACAAACAGACGUGGACCAACAACAUGUCUCAAAUGGGAAAGGCAAAGAUCACAGACUGCAAAGGGGAGGACUAUACCAAAGUCACCUUUUUGCCCGACUUUGUGAAGUUCGGCAUGACCGCCAUGGACGGUGACCUCGAAGCCCUCUUCAAGCGUCGAGUCUAUGAUCUCGCUGGGACCUGCAAAGGUGUAGCGGUGAAGCUCAACGGGUCACGUGUGCCAAUCCGCAGCUUCAAGAAAUAUAUCGAGAUGUACACCAAAGCCAUCAAGAGGGAGCGUGGCGAAGAGGCUGCGAAUGAUACCUCUGAGAUCAUUACCGAAUCUCCAGAUCCGCGCUGGGAAGUUGGCUUCACAGUCUCUGAUGGCUCGUUCCAGCAAGUGUCAUUUGUCAAUUCCAUCGCAACAACUUCGGGGGGCAGCCAUGUCAACUACGUCGCGGACCAGAUUGUCACCCGGCUGAUGGAGGUUGUCAAGAAGAAGAACAAAGGCGGUCCCACGUUGAAGCCAAAUCAAAUCCGGAACCAUAUCUUCAUCUUCGUCAACGCCUCGAUCGUCAAUCCAGCCUUCACAUCGCAAACCAAAGAGCAACUGACCACCAAGUCCAGUCAGUUCGGAAGCAAAUGCCAGGUGUCGGAAGAAUUCAUGAAGAAAAUCGCAAAGACCGAGGUGAUUAACAAUAUCCUCCACUUUGCUCAGCAAAAAGCCGAUCAAAUCCUCAAGAAGUCCGACGGCAGCAAGCGAAGUCGUAUGAACAACCCCAAGCUCACCGAUGCCAACAAGGCAGGGACACGGGAAGGCUACAAAUGCACCUUGAUACUGACUGAGGGAGAUUCAGCCAAAGGUCUUGCAAUGGCCGGACGAUCGGUCGUUGGUCCCGAUUUGUUUGGCGUCUUUCCCCUGCGCGGUAAACUUUUGAAUGUCCGAGACGCAUCAGUUGAUCAGAUCUCAAAGAACGCCGAGAUUCAGAACAUCAAAAACUUCCUCGGUCUCCAGCACAAGAAAGUCUACACCGAUACCCACGGCCUUCGCUAUGGACACUUGAUGAUCAUGACAGAUCAGGAUCAUGAUGGAAGUCACAUUAAAGGCUUGUUGAUUAAUUUCUUGCAAGUUCAAUUUCCCAGUCUGCUCCAAAUUCCAAAGUUCUUGGUGGAAUUUAUCACCCCGAUCGUCAAGGUGUACAAAGGGGACCCCAAGAAUCCCUCACAGUCCCGCUCAUUCUACACGAUGCCAGAAUAUGAAGCCUGGAAGGAGGCACAUAAGCGUGAACGGGGAUGGGAGCACAAGUACUACAAGGGGUUGGGGACAAGCACGACUGAAGAUGCCCAGCAGUAUUUCAAUGACAUUGAUAAGCAUCACAAAGAGUUCGACACCAUGAAAGAUGACGAAGCCGCCUUGAUCGAACUCGCCUUCUCCAAGAAGAAGGCUGAUGAGCGAAAGGAAUGGUUGCGUCAAUUCAAACCGGGCACGUACUUGGACCAUACAACCAAGAAUAUCUCGUACACCGACUUUGUCAACAAGGAGUUGAUUCUCUUCAGCAUGGCUGACAACAUACGAUCGAUCCCCUCUGUUGUCGAUGGGUUGAAGCCUGGUCAGCGAAAGGUUAUGUUCGCUUGCUUCAAACGAAACUUGAAGAAAGAUAUGAAAGUCGCCGAACUCGCCGGUCUUGUCGGUGGAAUGACGGCUUAUCAUCACGGCGAGGCGUCGCUCCAGCAGACCAUCGUUGGUCUGGCUCAAAAUUUUGUCGGAUCCAACAAUGUCAACUUGCUCGAGCCAUCCGGCCAGUUCGGCACGCGAAAUCAAGGAGGUAGCGACUCUGCUAGCGCUCGAUAUAUUUUCACCCGUCUGUCUCCCUUCGCCCGGAAGCUCUUCCACCAGGCUGAUGAACCUCUCUUGACUUACAACACUGAUGACGACAAGAAGAUCGAACCGGAGUUAUAUGUGCCAGUCGUUCCCAUGAUUCUGGUCAAUGGUGCCGACGGUAUCGGAACAGGCUGGAGUUCUUCUAUCCCCAAUUACAAUCCCGAGGAUAUCGUGGAGAAUCUCAAGCGCAAAAUGGCGGGUGAAGAGUGGAAGCCCAUGCAACCAUGGUUUCGUGGAUUCAAGGGUGAAGUUAAGGCCACAGGACCCGACAGAUUUCAAUUCAGUGGCAUCAUUCACCAGACCGGCGACACUGAAGUUGAAAUUACAGAGCUGCCGAUUCGAACUUGGACCCAGGAUUUCAAGGACAAACUUGAAGAGAUCAUCAAAGCCGAGAAAGUGCCGUCAUUCAUCAAGGACUACAAGGACUACAAUACCCAUGACACGGUCCAUUUCAUCAUCCAGAUGGACGAGAAACACAUGAAAAAUGCGGUCGAAGAAGGCCUGGUGGAAAAGUUCAAGCUCACCAAAUCCGUGGCGACAUCCAACCUUGUGGCCUUUGACCCCGAGGGCCGUAUCACCAAGUACGCGAAUGUCGAAGCCAUCAUGGAUGAGUUCUACAGCUAUCGUCUCCAACUGUAUGCUAAGCGCAAGGAGUGGCUUUUGCAAGACAUGCAAAAGGAUUUGAGACGCCUUACGAACCAAGCCCGAUUUGUCCAAAUGAUCAUCGACAACAAACUCAGCAUUUCCAAGAAGAAGAAAGCUGUUCUUAUUGCGGAGCUAAAGCACCUCGGAUUUGAUGCGUUCCCGAAAACUCCGGACGCCGCGAACCCGGGUGAGACCAUGGCAGGAACGGAAGAAGAAGAAGGUGAAGAUGAUGUUACAGAAGCAAGCGCUUAUGACUACCUGCUUGGCAUGCCUUUGUGGUCGCUCACCCAAGAACGCGUUGAGAAGCUUCAGAAACAGAUUGGUGAUAAAGAGUUGGAGAUCGACACGUUGAUGAAGAAGUCGAAGGAAGAUCUCUGGCGACGAGAUCUGGACGAAUUCAUUAGUGAAUGGAAAUUCCAGCUGGAAGACGAGCACAACCGCAAGCGCAAUAUUCGGAAGGGACGACGUGUCUCAAAGAAAUUUGCGACAUCGGCUACGACUAAACCAGCUAUCAAGAAACGAAAGGGGCUGGGAGAUGCGUCGGAUGACUCCGACUUUGAGGACUUUGCUCCCAAGGUCAAGAAGAGCGCACCGGGUCCCAAGCCGGUACAGAAGCAUCGGUCUAUUACAGCGUAUGUGGCCCCUAAGGUUAAUGCGUUGAAAAACGCCGUGGAAUAUCGAAGGUUGUAUACUGAUAGUUCCAGUGAUCCCCUUGAUACGCCAGAAGAAGCAGGCGCAAGUGGCAGUGGGCGCAAUGUUCCCGUCAAAGAGAGCACAGGUUCGAGCGAGCCCCGGCCCAAGGCCACAUCCAAUCGUCAAGCCCGUGCGGUAACCAAGAAACCGACGAAUUACGCUUUAAUUAGCGACUCGGAAAGUGACAAUGGAGACGGUUUACUCGCCGACCUUGGUGACAUGGUUAAGGGACUCCCGAGCAAGACCACUCCUGACAGCGGGAGCGAGUCGAGAGCACUUUUCUCAACUUCGGUCUCUCGUCCGAGCAGCAGCCAUGGCUACAAAGUUCCCACGAAAUCAGCUCCAAAGUCCGCUUUGAAUCUAUCAGAAGAAGAUGAUACCGACUAUAAGAUGCUAGCUCCACAACAAUCUCCAAGACGAUCCAUCAUUGUCACAAACAAAGAUGAUACAAAUGUUCUCGAGCUUUCAGAUGAUGACAUUGUCCCAGCAAAGGUUCCCAAAAAGACUUCCUCGAAGGGGAAGGAGACCACACAUGACCACAAUGAUGUCGAUGCUGUUCCUUCCAAAGGCCGCAAGAAAGCACCGGUGAAGAAAGCGGCGAAGGAUACACAGCCAAAAGUCAAGAAGCCAGCACCAAAGAAGGCAACUGAAGCUCCAAAGAAAGUUGAACAAUCUCCUGUGGCGAAAGCCUAUGCAAAGAGAUUGGCAAAGAAGGUGAUAAACUCCGAUGACGAAAUGGAUGCUUUAGCCGAUGAUAUUCUAAAAUCCCCUUCUGGUUCCGAGUCUGAUGAACCUAUUGCUCGCAAAGCCCCAGCGAGGCCGGCGAGACGUGCCGUUACGACAAAGAAAGCAACAACAUACACAUUUGAUGAUGAUGAAGAGGCGGGCUUCCAGGAUGAAGGUUCUUCGGCGGCUUUUUCGGAUAGCGAGUGA